GUUGUUUCUCACAAUAUGAUUAUGCAUUGAGCAUCCAUCUUGCCUUCUACGAAAACUCUAUUUUAUAUAUUUGUUUCAUUUUCAAAGCAUGAUGGGAACUGGUAUGAGGCUACUACUUUAGCUUUUAUUAUCAAUUUUUACGCUUUCAUGUACAGAUGUAUCCUUUUCUGUGUCCUCAUUUGCUGAACUGUUACUGGGAUUUGAGAUCAUGAUACUGAUAUACAAACAGGAGACAUGGCACAGUAUCUGUGGGCGUUCUGAUGGUUCUGCUGCACUCUGUUUCAUAUCUACACCAUCUUAUUGCCUCCUCACUUUUUCUGCACAUUCAAGUGGUGGUGUAUUUUUUGCAAGAUUGGCUUAAUUUCUAAGGUGGUAAGCUAUAUCAUGUUUGGUGGUCUACAACCAGAAAGGCAUUUCCUGAGAAGUUGAUUAAAUAGUGGAGUAGCAUCUAUAUGAGAGCAUUGUUGCAAAAGUUGACAAGGAAGAAAAAGAGGAGGGCAUCAACGAACGCCAUUGACACGUUCUUAGGGUUCGAAGAAGAAUGUCUGACAGUUUUCAAAUGCUGAUUCGAGAGUUUGCUGCAACUUCCCCCUCUAACCAGCUCCCUCUGUGGUCAAAGGGGUGACAAUCCUUCUGUACCUAUCCCUGAGUCAAUGCAAUCGGUGACGACAGAAACUCUCCUGUGUUGCGUGCAUGAGAUGCGUUCCUCCGAUCACCAGUGCUUCCUCUUCAUGCUGACAUCGGUACCUUGUUCAGCCCUUUCUUUAUAUUGAUGUUGUCCAUACAAGUAAAUCACAAAUCAGCGCUAAAUCUGCUAUAGAAAAGAGGUUAAAUUACUUAAAUCAAGAAACUUAAAGACUUAUUUAUUUCAAUAAAAGUCAAGGGGCUUAAUAAAAAAAUCUGUGAUAUAUUAAGGGGCUUAACAUAAAAUUGUACCUAAAAAUAUUCUACUUAAAAUAUUGUUGCGUAUUUUUUUUGACUACGAAUUGUUAUAUAUACAUUGGCCAACGUCGAAUUUUUAUAUCUUGAUCAAACUCUUUAUCAUUAUACAUUCUUUAAAUCCCCAUUCUGCCCUAGGUACCCUUCCGUGGAAUAUUUUCUAAUGAUAGAAUUAUAUAUUUACCAUGUUUUGACAUCGGAUGUAGUUAGUUUGAUCUUUUCAAUUUUUUUUUUUCAUUAAAAAAUUUGAUUAGUUAGUUUGAAAUUGGGAUGUAACUCGUUUGAUCUUGACAUGGAUGAUUUUAAGUGUGCUGCUGCAUGGUAGAUUGUUGUGUGUAGAGUGAUUGUUCUGUAUUUUUUUGGUUCCUUUUGUGCCUAAGCAGUAACUAUUAACAAGGGUUGUACUAUCUUUUUAUUUUGACGAGCAAGGGUGCUGUCUCCUUUUGAUAUCUUGAUUAGAAAAAAAAAAAAAAAAGAAAAAGAAAAAAGAGAGGGGUGCCGUCCCCUAUUUGAAUAGGCAUGGUUAAGUGUGAAAAGCAUCCACUGAUUUUUUCACCUGCUACAGAAGACAUUUUCUACUUUGUCUUGGCUCUUGUACAACAUGCAUAAUGCCCUAUUCUCCAUUAAUUCAUAAAACUUUAUUCAAAAUUAAAGAUGUUUUUUACUU